UGUUUUUUUCCUGCCCUGCCGUUCCGCUCCACACCCCUCCACCCGCCAUCAAAACUUCACUUCAACCACUUGCCGUCGCCGUCGACGUCAUCGCAGCCAUACAACAAACCACCGAGACACAAAACCCCCCCCAAAAACCAUUCCCAGUUCCAUUUCCAUUCCCAUCCCCAUUCCAUCCCCUCAGUGUCAUUGGCACUCGCUUACAGUUUUAUUCAGUUUGCCUUUAAAUUGUGCGUUGACUGCGUUAAAUGAACAUAAAGAAAAACAAAACAUUUAAGAUGGUACAAAACCAAUGCAAUGCGGCAUGGCAAAUCAGUUGGCGAUAAUUGUCAACGCUUUUGCCCAUAUGUAUAUGUAGAAUACAAAAACACAUCAAGACAAUAAUACAUAAGUGAACUGAGAAACGAGAACCGAGUAUUGCGAACCGCUGAAAAACGUUGCACCCACCACCGCCUCACGCUCACCGCCUCACCGCUCGCCCGCUAGUUUAAAGCUAAUGCCACCGCCCACCACCACUAGAACUACUACUUCCACCACAACCACUAGUACCACCACAACCAAGAAUUAAGAACCAAGAACCAUGAACCACAACCACCAACUACCAGCCUCGACCUGAACCACUUCGCAAUAAAUACAAAAAAAUAAAAAAGAAAAGAAAAGAAAGUAAUCUAAAAAGAAAGAAAGAAAGGCAGAGCCCAAAUUCCGAGUCCACUUGUCCAAAAUGUCGUCAGUUGAAAAAUUUCCCCAGUUCGUUUGAUGCGUUCCGUUCCUUCGUUCGUUCGUUGUGUUUGCCAAGUUCAAUUUUGUUGUACUCGAAUUCCCAACUGGCCAAGAACCAGAUAGUCGGAAUUCGGAAUUGGCAAGCCAGCAAAAGCCAAAACUGAACAGAAACAAAACAACAACAACAACAGCUACCAGACAAACAAACAAACAAACAGCAAAAUAAAUCGAAACCUUAACCCAAUCUAAAUAUAUAUGUAUACAUCCAAACCUAAAGUGUGUCUAAUCACAAAUUCUUAAUGUAAAAUUCUCUUUAAACAAAAAAUAAUCCAAACACGAAUCACACAAACCAAAAACCAAAAUCUAAACCAAAUAAUCGAAUCGAAAUUGAAAUCGAAAUCGAAAUCGCAGACCCAGGCAAAACUCGCAUUGACCACCAAGCAUAUGAGCUUGUGGCUAAAGGUGUCUCCGGCAUCGACUUGUUUCAUGUUGUAACUCGAGGACUUUUGUUUAUUGGCAACAAUAAUGGUCAGCACAACAUUGACAACACUGGCUGCUGGACAAACAACUAGUAGCAGUAAUCAUCAUCACCACCACCAUCACCACCAGCAGCAUCAGCAGCAGCAGCAGCAGCAGCAGAAUCCGCAACAGUUGCAGCAGCAGCAGCAGGAUCAGCAGCUGCAUCAAGCGUUGCAUCAGCCGUUGCCCUAUCAGCGACUGCAACCACACGCCGCAGCAGCAGCCGCAGCGGUUAGCCAGCAGCGCGGCUUCUACGCACUUAACGGCAGCUUGGAGCUAGACAGCAGCAACAGCAACAGCAACACCAACAGCAACAGCAACAGCAACAUCAGCUACCAGCAACAGCAAGCGCCUUUGAUCCUGUCGCAGGCUUUGCUGUCGCCUUCGCCGCCGCUCAACGAUCAGAUCAGUUUGCUCUUCCCCAAGUGCCGACCCAAGCAGCAGCCGCAGCAGCAGCAGCAGCAGCAGCAGCAACAGCAAUCGCAGCAGCAACAUCAGCCAGCACAGCAGCAACAUGCCCUUGCACUCCUCGCGGACGUCGUAAGUCCCAACAGCAACAGCCACAGGAGCAGCAGCCCCACGGCAGCAACAGUUGCUGGCGAACGGGAUCGGGAGCCGCUGGCCAGCGUUAGUCCGCCGCCGCCCAAGGCCACGCCCACCAGCACGCCCAGCUAUUACAAGAGCGUGAACAUCAUUACGCAAUCGCCGCCGCCGCACUCGGCCUCGUCGCACUCCUCCGAAUCGCUAUCCUCGGUGACGCCGCGCAUCUCCACCAAUCCCUUCCUGUGCGCACCGCUCACGCCGCCCACACCGCCGCACCACCAGCAGCAACACCAGCAGCAACACCAGGACACCACGGGCGAGUCAGCUGUGGAGCGGAGCAGGAGCGGAGCGGCCGGCGAGGAGCCCGACUAUCCCGCCUCCUUUUACUACCACACGGUGGGCGAAAGUAGGCGUGGCCCCGGUGGCUACGCGGAAAUGCCGAGAAAACGCAGCGGCGCCUUGCCCGCCAGCAACAGGCAGCAGCAACAGUUGCACAACGGCAAUGGUAGUCAGAAUCCUUUCAUCAAGGAGAACUACUGGGAGGCACCGCCCACAAGAGCCAGCUUGCUGCUCCAUUCGCCCACGGAGUACUCCGAGGAGCAGCAACAGCAGCAGCAACAGCAGCAACAGCAGCAGCAACAACAGCAGCAGCAGCAGCAACAUAUGCAUGCCUCAGCCAGACGAGCUUACCACCAGCAGCGGGAACAGGUUUAUGGAAUCAGUCAGCGACAGCAGCCACAGCAGCAGCAACAGCAACAGCAGCAGCAGCAGCAGCAGCAACAGCAGCAGCAACAGUCGCACAUUUUGCGGGUGGGCAGAAGUCCUGUGAAUCGCAGCUUCUCCCAGCAGCAACAGCAACAACAGCAGCAGAUUGCCGUGGCCAGGAGCAAUCCCUGCGCCGAUGGGCUGACUCCGCUGGCCAGUCACUAUCUUUAUGGCAGCAAGUCAUCCCUGGAUCAGCAGCCAGGCGAUUGGGAGCCGCGGGAGCAGCGCAAAAUGAGGCUGCGCGAGGAGCGGGAAAGGGAAAGGGAGCGAGAAAGGGAGCGGGAUCGAGAUCGGGAUCGGGAGCACCUGUUGCUGGAGCAGCAGCAGCAGUUGCACCUGCAGGAGGUGCAGGCCGCCAGGGAGAACCACCUCAGCCAUUUGGCGGGUCAGCAGCAACAGCAACAGCAACAGCAGCGCAAACGGCAUGUCUACGGCGAGGAGCGGGAAAGGGAAAGGGAGCGGGACAUGGAGCGGGAUCAUCGCCUGGUCAAUGGAAACGCAGAUCCCAACGAGAGCUGGCAGCAUCUGCGCGUUACGACCGAAACUUUGGCGGAGGAGGGCGGCAAGCUGGCGGAUAAGGCCCAGCACCAGAUGCAGAGCCUCAGUCUGAACCAAGGUCAGAACCCGGAGGCCAAUGUCUACAGGGAGCACAAGCUGGACGCCUGGAAGCUCGAGCGCAACUACACGCUGGCCGUGGAGUCGCGCCACGGCAUCAUUGAAUACGAGGGCUCACCGAGGCGCAUUGGGGUGACCAGCAGCAAUUUGGGGCAAGUGACGGCUGCAGCGGCAGCGGUAGCAGCAGCAGCAGGGGCAACAGCGGACGAAAGCGAACCACCAGCAGCGGUAGAAGUAGCAACUCCACCACCACAGCAACAACAACAGCAGGUGCCCAUGGCCACCAUUCCACCGCUGAGCUCCACGGCCACCUCGCUGCAAAAGACGGCGGCCCGGGCAGCACUGGCCGCCCUUGCCCAGAGCCACCCCCACAACACCCACAACAUCCUCAGCUCCCUGCUGCCGAGCUCGGGCAACCCCAACCCACUGAAUCCCAGCCAGAUCCAGAUCCACUCGCCGCAGCAGCCCAUGCAGAACUAUCCCGUUCGUCCGGGCUUUCCACAGCGCAUCAUCUCGCCGCCGAAUCGUGAGCCCCGCAGUAGCUCUCCUCCGCUGCAACAGCAGCAACACCAUCAGCAGCAGCAGCAGCAGCAACAGCAACAUCAGCAACACCAUCAGCAGCAGCAGCAGCAGCAGCAGCAGCAACAGCAACAGCAACAGCAACAGCAACAGCAACAGCAACAGCAACAGCAACAGCAACAGCAACAGCAACAGCAACAGCAACUGCAACAGCAACAGCAGCACUUUGCCAGUCUGAUGAGCAAUCAUAGCAACAACUCAAACACCAACAAACAGCCGCUGAGCAGCGACAACAACGCGGAGGACACCAGCAACGAUGUGUCCGAGAUUGGCACCAUAUCCGACCUGACCACUCCGGAGGCCGUGGGUCUGGGACUGGCCAUUGGAGCCGCUGCCGGCGAGGUUGCUAGCCGUUCGGCCACGCCACCACAGGCACCAGCAUUGGCACCACCGACAGCAGUGGCGGGCAGCACUGCCAAUGGAACCGGAAAUGGAAACGGUACCGCAACCGGAAAUGCAACAGCAGCGGUUCCCCUGAGCCUGCACACGAAAUCGUCGACCUUCGAUUACCUCUACGAGUUCUCGGAGACGCGCAAGGUGCUGGAGGAGUUCUUCAAGUGUCCCUCCACCGACGAGCAGCCCAUUAUGGAAAACGGCAGCGAUGUGGACAGCAUUGAUAUCCAGUACGAGUUCCACAGCAACUUUGAGCGCGAUGAGGAGGAUCUGGCCGAGGAGGAGGAAGCCGAGGACGAGGAGGAGGGCGACGACGAUGCCGACGAGGAGAACGACGAGGCCGAGGAUGAGGACGAGCCGUUGGGUCAGGAUCGCGACCAGAACUACCGCCAGCAGGCGCCUCCCACCGCCGGCCACGCCUCCGAACGACUCGUUUACGGGGGCGUGGGCUAUGGCCAGCAGUCGCAGCCCCAACUGACCGCCCAACCGAUGGGCGUGGGCGUGGGCGUUGGCAUGGGCGUGGCACGGCGACACUAUAGCGGCAGUCCGCUGAUGCGGGACUUCGACUUCUUCCUGGACUCCACCAGUCGGAGCAGCGGCGAGCGGGACGGCGAUCAGGAUGGGCUCAAUCACAACCAGCUGCUCAGCACGGGCAGCGGACAUGGCGGAGGCGGGGGCGUGGGAGUGGGCGUGGGCCCGGGCGGAGGACACAACUACCGCUACUCACCGGAGACCACCGACUAUGACUCCAACUGCGGCGAUCUGGACAGUCUCUCGGGUGAGAUGAACGGCGGUGUGUCGACCUCCUGCUCGAACUACGCCAAGUACUACGCCUCGGCCAUGCCGGUGCUGGAGGAUGGACUCUCCUCGGGUCACACCAGUGACACCGAGAACAACAACAACAACCAGAAGAACCUGCAGCAGGCGGUGGCCAGCCAGGGCACUGUUGGCUGCCCCACCAGCCUGAGCGGUAGCACCAGCAUCGGCGGCAGCGGCGGCAUCUCCAUGCUGAUGGACAUGAAGCGCGUCUCGACGAACAACAGCCUGAACAGCAUGCACAACCUGACCACCACCGCCUCCACCACGGACAGCAACGGGGGCAUGGCGGGUCACCACCUGGUCGCCACGCCCAGUCCCAGCAAUGGGCAGUCGAAGGGUCCGCUGGCCAAUCAGGCGCAAUCACAGCCGAAGACUCUGACACUGGACCAGAGUCCCAGCAACCACAGCAAAGUGUUCAAGAACAUUGAUCCGGAAUUGGAUUCGCUCUACUCGAUUGGAGUUUUCCACCGCCCGGACACGGUGCAGAUGACCCCGCCGCCGCCCGCCCCGGCGCCACAUCGCAAGCCCAACAACAGUGGCACUUCCAACGCCGUUGUCAACACCAAUGGCAACAACGAUGUGGAUCUGCUGCAGCCGAGCAGCAAGCACACUCCAUUGGCGGCGGCCAUCAGUUCCACGCUGCAGCGCAGCUCACCCACCUCGACGGUCACCGGAAAUGGAAUCGGAAUGGUAACCGGAAGCGGAAGCGGAAGCAAGCCCCGCAGCGCCGGCAGCAAUUGCAGCAGCAACGGAGGCAAUGGCGGCGGGCCACCGCCCAUUCCGGAGAGGACGAACCUCAUCUCCGCCCCGCAGAGAUCGCCAUCGCCGGGCCUCAACUCACCCGUCUGGCUAUCCCGUCACCUAGAUGGCGGCGCUGGCAAGGAACUGCUGGAGUCCGGUUCGGAUAAUCACUCGAAGAAUCACAGUGCCGACGAGGAGGACGUGGACACCGACCUGGAGACGGAUCGCCUGCUGGGCCACCAGCGGCUGGACGAUCAGGGCUACUACGAUGAGAACAAGAGCUGGGACCGCAAGCCGCGCUCGCUGCUCUCGAAGAUCUCGCCCAAGCAGCAGAUACCGAGCACCAAGACGCGCAAUGGCUACAAUGCCCUGCUCAGCUCCACGCCGGAGUUGCCGCCCCCGAUUCCGCCCAAGGGCCAGUCCGGCCUGGGAUUGGGUCUCACCUUGGGCUCUGGCAAUGGUGGCAAGCUGUUGGAUCUGGUUGGUGGCAUGGUGCAGCGCAGUCUGUCCCGCUCGUCCUCGGAGCACAGCGAUAAGUCGCCCAGCAAGUUGGCUCUGCCCAUUUCUGGCGGAGAUCUGUGUGCAGCCGGCAGCGUGGAUGUGGUGGCCUCAGCGGUGGCGGCCGCAUCGGCAGUGGUGGUCGGCACACCGGCACUGGGUAGCCCAGGAAAUGGAGGUGGAUCGGAGAGAUCGGCGGGUGGUGGAUUGACCAAUCCCGGGGGAGCAGUGAAGAUAGUUGGUGAACCGGAGAAUGGAGCCCUGAAUGGAGGCACACUGGCAGCUCCGCCGCUGGCAGGAUCGGCAGCUGGAUCGGGUGGAGGAUCGGGGACAGGAUCUGGUUCUGGAUCGGGAUCUGGAGCGGUGGCCAAUGGAACCGCCGUGGCCAACAGCAACGGCAACAACAACAACAACGGCAACGGCAACGGCAGCAACAACAACAGCAGCGGCAGCAACAGCAACAGCGGCGAGAAAAAAGUGAAAAAGAGUAAGAGCAAAGAAGGCGGCGCAGUGCUCAUCGAGGGCGUUCUCUUCAGGGCCAAGUACUUGGGCUCCACGCAGCUGGUCUGCGAAGGUCAGCCCACGAAAUCGACGCGCAUGAUGCAGGCUGAGGAGGCCGUUUCCAGGAUCAAGGCGCUGGCUCCCGACGGCGAUGUGCAGCCCAGCACCGAGGUGGAUUUGUUUAUAUCGACGGAGAAGAUCAUGGUCCUGAACACGGACCUCAAGGAGAUCAUGAUGGACCAUGCCCUGCGCACCAUCUCCUAUAUUGCGGACAUUGGGGAUCUGGUGGUUCUGAUGGCCCGACGUCGCUUCGUUCCCCAGGACAUUGACGAUGCCCCCAAGCCGAAUCGCACGCCCAAGAUGAUAUGCCAUGUGUUCGAGAGCGACGAGGCCCAGUUUAUAGCCCAAUCGAUUGGUCAGGCCUUCCAGGUGGCCUACAUGGAGUUCCUCAAGGCCAAUGGGAUCGAGGACCAUCGGUUUGUCAAGGAGAUGGACUACCAGGAGGUGCUCAACAGCCAGGAGAUCUUCGGCGAUGAGCUGGAGAUCUUUGCCAAGAAGGAGCUGCAGAAGGAAGUGGUGGUGCCGAAGUCCAAGGGUGAGAUCCUCGGGGUGGUGAUCGUGGAGAGCGGCUGGGGAUCCAUGCUGCCGACCGUGGUGAUUGCCAAUCUGAUGAGCUCGGGAGCAGCGGCCCGAUGUGGACAGCUCAACAUUGGCGACCAGUUGAUAGCCAUCAAUGGGCUGAGCCUCGUGGGCCUUCCCCUGUCCACCUGCCAGACGUACAUCAAGAACACCAAGAACCAGACGGUGGUCAAGUUCACGGUGGUGCCCUGCGCCCCCGUCGUCGAGGUGAAGAUCAAGCGGCCGGAGACCAAGUACCAGCUGGGCUUCAGCGUUCAGAACGGAGUGAUCUGCAGUCUCCUGCGUGGCGGCAUUGCGGAAAGGGGUGGUGUUCGUGUGGGUCAUCGCAUCAUCGAGAUAAAUAACCAAAGCGUGGUGGCUGUGCCCCACGAGAAGAUCGUCAACUUGCUGGCCACAUCCGUGGGAGAGAUCCUCAUGAAGACGAUGCCCACGUCCAUGUUCCGCCUGCUCACUGGUCAGGAGAAUCCCAUAUAUAUUUAAGCCUGCGGGAGAAUAAUAAACGGCGAUUAUUGUUAACUAUAAAAAAAAAA